AAUUUUAGAGUGCAAAUCUGGACUUUUUAUGUCUGAAAUAAGAAUUUUGAGAGUUUUCUUUUUCGAUUUUGGCAUAGAUUUUUAGUUUUUCGAUACCCAUAAUGGUCCCAUUCUCUCUCAAGCAUUCUCCCAUACCAUUAUGGGUGUAUUUCCUUCUCUGGCAGUGACAACGGCGAAGUUGGACAGUAGCGACCGGGACGAUAUUAUCGAGAUUUACCACCAAUAGCCAAGGCGUAUGGCGUCGUCUGUUUAAUGACUUCGGCUGCCUAUCAUCUGGAACUUUAUGAUCUUCGCAUUAUAGCACUUUUUUACGGAAAAGUUCUGAAAAAUUUUCAGAUUUGGAGGCUCAUCACAAACUUCUUCUUCCUUGGGCCAUUUUCAUUUACAUUUGCAUUUCGACUUCUGCUAAUAGCAAGGCAUGGAGUCCAACUCGAAAGGGGUCCCUUUGACAAAAGGACAGCAGAUUAUCUAUGGAUGUUCAUCUUUGGCGCCCUGUCACUACUGGUGAUGGCAAUUGUUCCACUCCUAUGGAGUCCAUUCAUGGGAGCUUCCAUAGUUUUUAUGAUAGUCUAUGUUUGGAGCCGCGAGUUCCCAAACGAGCGUCUUAAUAUUCAUGGCCUCUUUCAACUCAAGGGUUUCUACCUACCAUGGUAUAUGCUGGGAAUAGACUUGAUUCUUGGGAACCCAUUGAAACCAGAUCUGCUUGGCAUGGCUGCAGGCCAUCUCUAUUACUUCUUGACAGUUCUCUAUCCUCUUUCUGGUGGCAGAUUCACCUUCUUCAACACUCCUCUCUGGGUUCACAAACUGGUUGUAUUUUGGGGUGUGGGUUACCAAUUAAAUGCUCCGGUGCCGAAAAAUCAACCAGCCGGAGUUGCUUUCCAGGGGAGAGGCCGCCGGCUCGAUGGGAACAGAGCAAUCUCUUCAACACAACCACAAGCAAAUGCUGCAUCAGAGGAGCAAACAAAUGCUUCAGCUCAACGGAAUCAAGAUGAUGGAGGAGGAGCUUUCCGGGGGAGAGGCCGCCGUCUCGAUGGCUGGUAGCAAGUGGUUUUUGUCACUAAUUAUAAUUAUGUGAUUACAUAUAUGUAAUACUUUGGCAAAACAAAGAAUAUAAAUUUGAUGUUGUUGUAACCAAUUUUUUUUUUAAAAAAAGAAAGAACUUGCUAAAUUAUGGUA